AGUGACAAGCGAUAGAACUCACAGAAAUGUCCGCUGUUACCAACUCGGUGUGUGCUCUAGCCGGAAAGUUUCGAGGAUGUCUUGUUGGUUCGCUGUUGGGUGAUUGUCUGGGAGCGCCCUUCGAGGGCGACUUUCCAGUUUCAAAGUCGGUGCUCACAUCUUACGUAUCAAAACUGUUAGAAGAGUCCUCAAAAGGACUUUUACCCUUCCGACCUUACACGGAUGACACAGCAAUGACAAGGAGCGUGGGUCAGUCACUGAUAGAUAACAAAGGGUUUCACGCCAGUGAUUUGGCUAGAAGGUUCACUACCGAAUAUUACGAUCAGCCAAAGCGUGGAUAUGGGAUGAACGUUGUGGACGUGUUCCAUGCGCUCAAGAAAAACAACUUCGAAGAUCCAUAUGGACCUGCCAAGGAUCAGUUUCAAGGCAAAGGUUCAUACGGGAAUGGCGGAGCGAUGAGGGUCGCCCCAGUGGCACUUUUCUGCUACAACAAUGACGAAAAAUUAAUAGAUCUCGCUGAGAAGCAGGCCCAGAUCACGCACUCUCACCGCAAUGGCUACAAUGGUGCUAUCUUACAAUGCCUUGCUGUAUAUCAAGCUGCCAGAUCUGAUUCCAACAUCCCUCUGAACAAGGCAGCAUAUCUUGACUAUCUUUUGGAAAAGAUGGAUGCUAUUGAAUCAAAAGGCGUAACAGUUCUGAACCCUGCAGAAGACAAACCUUACACCCAGUCGCUCAAGAACAUGAAACGAUUUCUUUGUGAUGACCCCCAAGAUCUCUCUGCAGAAGAGGUGGCAGCCCUCUUCGGAAAUGACGUUUCAGCUGCAAAAUCUGUUCCUACUGCUGUCUAUACUUUCUUGAGAUCUCAGGAGCCUCUUAGUUUCUUUGAGACGGAGAGCCCAUUCGUCCGAGCUGUGGUGCUAUCCAUUGCAGUAGGAGGAGAUACGGACACGAUUGCUUCAAUGGCUGGGAGCAUCUCGGGUGCCUUUCACGGAAUAGCAGGCAUACCAACCAGACUCCAAAGGCAUUGUGAAGGUCUUGACAAUGCAAUUAAAAUGGCGGAUGAGAUUUACGAAUUAGUCGGAGCACACUAGGUGACAAGUGAGGCAGUUGUAAGGCACUACUUUGCCGUGUAGUGUACCCUUUGAGACUGGCAGGGUUCCCAUUUAUCUACAUGUAAGCAGGCUGCCCUAGUCAAAUCUUCUUGCCUUUGGAAAGCUACUUCAUGUUCUUGUUUCUGGUUGCUUGCAUAAGACAUGGAUCAUAUCCUAUGAAAUUUGUCCGGAUUGACUUUACACGUUUUUCUGGCCAGCUAUAGUUCCUACGUUUUAAAGGGGUUGUGACACAUUCAUAUUCGCGGUGAAUUGCGUCAUACCAGCAUUGUUCGCACGUCAGAGUAAUAAGUAAAAAAAGAAUUGUUCUCCUACACGGGUGUAGCCGACGAGAUGCCGGCCCUUGAGCGCACUGCCACUACGAGCAACAAUGUUAGAAGCGUGAGAGCCUCAAUGAUUCCUGUCGUAUCUUAGAAGUACAUGACAUCUCCCAAUGGUGCUGCCCACUGAUGCCCACCACGAUACCACAGUCCAGCAGCGUAGCCAGAAAACGUUUCGGGAGGGGUUGUAUGGGGACUUUACUUGGGCAAGGAGGAUUUCCCCUCGUUUCCCUCUCCCAAAUGCACUACCAUAGGUACCAUUUUGAGAAAGGAGGGGUUUGAACCCCCAGAACCCCCCCCCUUUUGGCUACAUCAGUGCCACAGCCACAUGAGUCGUGAUGUUCACAGUGCUCAACUUCUACGUGUCUGUUAUCCCCGUUGCUGCAAAACUUGCAUUGCCGGUUCAAAUUCAUGCAAAUAACCGUCUCAUACAUUGAUCCAAUAGAAUCUGUGGCGAACUAUCACAAUCCCUUUAAUUUUAGCUGGUCAGAUGUUGUUAUUCACUUCAUACAAGUGAACAGAAAGUCUAGAACUGUAUAAUCUUUCCCUUAAGUAGUUCUUUCAAUUCCUUCAAUUUUGAUGUUGCGGUAAGCUUCUUGUGUGCAGGGGUGGUGUUGGCAACUAAGGAGAAUGCAUUAGUCCCCAUGACUACAGGUGACCCAUGUUUAGGAGUGUCCCGUUCAUAUGCCCAUGAUGCAAAGUAUGACAAUAUGUUUCCCCCUCCAGUUGAGCGAUGCCUUCUCUGGCUACUACGUAGUCUGCUAACAAAAAAUCUGAUUUUUCCUUAAUUGGAAGUCCAGAAGGGACACCUUGAAAAUAUGAGUGGCAGUAUAUUGUACGUGUAUACUGCAUAUAAAUUAGACAAAAAUAGCACCCUCUGAAACCAUUGUUGAGACUCCCACCAGGCACCAGCCAUGGGUAUCGCUGUUUGCUACUCCCGUAGCAACUGCCCUGUGUACAGCUAUUGACGGGCAGGUCAGCUUGUCAUCAUGCAGAUUUUAAUUGAAGUGUGUGUGUGUGUUGUUUGUUUCUUUUUGCAUGUGCUGUUCUUAGUGAGAUCAACCUCCAUUUCAUAUGAACUUGUACAACGAAUUUUAUGUAGUUGUAGCUCAUGAAGCUUAAAUAAAGGUUAUUCGGUCGAGUAA